AUGGCUAGAACAGACCCCGAACUAAAUGAAUUCUUAAGUCCAUUUAAAAUAGAAAUCGACAAACUCUACAACUUAUCUUCCCGUCUAUCCACUACAUACCGCGAACUAGCGGCCAGUUCGUCAGAGCAGUUCUUCCCCAUUGCCACCACUCGCUUACCCACUGGUCGCGAGAAGGGACGCUAUCUAGCUGUUUAUCUGGGACUGUUUUAUCUCCGCGUGGCAUUUAUCGAACUACUUGGCGAGGAACAAGUAGGGAAACACUCCCAUGUUCGCCGGACGUUGGAGAAAGCGUGGCCUAUUGAGAACCGCCUGCGCAGGGACCAGGCGGAUUCUCUUUUCUCAUGGAUAGGAGAUUGUAUUGCUGAAGUUAUUCAUGAUGACUUGGCAAACUCGAAAGAUGCCCCUACGGAGAUUACAGCGGGAAUUUCUUUUUGUUUCCCUAUUAAACAAGAGCACCUCAACGAGGCUAUCCUAAUGCCAACGGGGAAAGGAUUUACCAUAAAAUCCUCCCUCAAUCUCCGCGAGGCACUACUUAAUGGAUACGAGUGCCAUACCCGGCGUUCGGAAGACGACCACCUAGCCGAAGCACCCGCCAAGCGACAGAAGAGAUACUGUCUCCCCAAAUUAAAGCUCACAGUCAUGACUAACGAUACAGUUUCCACAUUCGCAUCUAUAGCAUACUCUAUUCGCGCUCUGCCCAAUACCCGCGUCGUGAUGGGCCUCAUCGUAGGCGCAGGAUGUAACUCCGCAGUUCCCAUGAAAUUGAACGAUCUGCAAGAAUCAAAAGUCAAACAUAUCCGAGAGAAAGACCCAGAUGCACAGGAAACUAUCGUGUCGACGGAAUGGACGCUCCGAGGCGCAAGUGGUCCUUUAACGGAGCUGGAAAUUGCUACGAAAUGGGAUGCGGAGCUGGAAGCACACUCUAAUAGACCUGGCUUUCAGCCGUUGGAAUAUAUGAUUGGGGGGAGGUAUAUUGGGGAGUUGGUUCGGAUUGUAUCCUAUCAUUGGUUUUGUGAUGUUAAGGGUGUUGAGAGCUCGAAGAUGCCGGUUAAGCUUGUUGAUGAAUAUACUUUGACUACUGAGUUUUUGUCGUUGGUUGUGGCGGCGAGUUCUUCGGAUGAUAGACUUGCGAAGGAAAUGGGUGAACAACUUCCUGCUCGGGAGGAUAGUGAUUGGGAAUGGACGGCUGAAUUUGCGGGGGAUUUGCGCUGUAUUGCGGCUGCGGUACAGAAUCGAGGCGCAGCUUUAAUUGCGGCGGCAACGGUUGGUCUUCUUGCCUGUACACGCGAGAUUCAGCUCCAAAAUAAAGAUUCACCGGACACAGCUGAAGAUAAAUUGAAGAAACCGGCACCACAGCAAGAUGGCAAUGUGACGGAAUUGGGAUCAUCAAAACCCGGCUGGCAGAAUGGGCCUGAGGAACUUGUUGUUGCGGUUUCUGGUGGUGUGAUACAUCAUUAUCCGCACUAUAAGGAGAAUAUACAGCGGUAUAUUGAUCGAUUGAUUAUUAAUGCUGGUCCUCAGAGUGAAGGGAAAAGUAUAUUUCUUCGAGAGGCUAAUGAUGGGGGUAUAAUUGGUGUGGGUGUUCUUGCUGGUACGAUUGCUGAUGAGAUAGAGGGGAUUAUUGGGUCGACGAUGCAGGAUCAACAAAGAACUUCGGAGAAUGAGCAGGAGAACUGUACAGACAUCAAGGAUGCUCAAAGCAUGUAUUAA